AUGGAGUCACCGGCAGACGAAGCUGAGGUCCAAAAUUCAAGGCGGGAGAAGAGCUUGAGCUACACAGGGAGGAGAUGGUCUCACGGCUGGGGCGUUGACGGCCAUCCGUACCUGGACUCUUCUUCACAGUUCCUCCACCUGAGUAAGCCGCAGCCUGCAGCACCUGCGCGUGCCCCGGCCUGGGCGCCAAGCUAUCCCUACCCGCGAGCUUUGCGAGGUCCCGGGUCGGCGUUGCAGGAGCCCACGCUUGACGCAAGGAAGCGCGAGCCGGGCACCGGUAGCCUGCUGGAGGCAAUGGAGACGGCUGCGGCCGCGGCUGCUCCAAGUGCUUUGCCCGAAGACCUGCUGCAUUCGCUGGAUGACUUGUCGGCAGCUCUGGGGAGCCUUGACACGCCAGGUGUUCUGGAUGCUCUGCAGCGACUCAAAACAUUUCUCUUCGAGGAAGAGAGGCUGAUGGCGAGUCGGGCUAAAGACCUAUUGGACGCGUACGCCGGAAGACGAAGCCCGCCUCCACCCUGCAAGAGCUGGAAAGUUCGAGCGGUGGAGAAAGAGAUCUACAAACGCUUUCGGGAGGUCUGUUCUAAAAACCCAGAAGGCAUUCAGCACUUCAUGGAGAACGGACUUCCUUCUCAGCUUCUCUCAAUCCUGGAGCCGUAUCGUUUGGCGAGACAGGCUGCGGACAUCUCAGCUCCUCUGGCCAAGCAGAGUCCGAAGCCGAAGCCCCAAGUCACUACGCCUACGACGCCUACGACUGGUUCAAGGGAUGCCGCCGUUUCGGCGUCUCACCGUGCAUUCGCACCGGCGAGGAUCCGUGCAUCGGAGGCAAAACUUUCCAGUGCAGCUCUGCAGUUGCCGUGGUCAUCAGAAGAAUGUUGGGAGAGACGCUGGGAGCAAGAUCUUGUUUGGCAUCCGGGGAUCCUCUAUGCGGCGCACCAAGCUUUGCCCCAACAGAGAUAG